AUGUCUCAGACACUCCGACCCCUCGACGAAAUCAUCGACGUCCCCGAUUACAUGUUAGAAUAUUGCUCCGGUGCUUGGCACAUCGAUUCCGCCGAACAACACGCCCUCAAAUACAACGACUGCUUGUUUCUGCGAAGACAUUACCCAACCUGGGGUCUCUCCAACAGUGUCCGGCGCAAUUAUUGUCCUGAAUGCUUUUCUAGAGAAAUUUGGCCCGAGGGGCGACGCUUUGCUUUCUACAGGGCUACUAUUAGCGAGGCUGAAGCGUAUGUAAAACGUCAUGCUUACAACCCGGGACAGGAUUCGGAACACCGCACGCGAGUCUUUGGGAGAUACGCCGUUGCUAUGAAUUACAUUGAGGCUGAGUCUCGGUGUUUUCGGAAGCGCGGGCCGACUGGUGGUUCUUUUGGAAAGAGACGGGGUCAGGCCCAGUCUGAAGCUCAGGCGAAGGCCCAGCGUCGGAGUGAGAUGGCGGAGCAGGAUGGUGCGCCUCCAAGCUUCGUGGCUGCUACUCGGCAGGGUCGUGCCCAGUCUGAACCUCAAGCAAAGGCUAAGAGUGGGAGGGAGGCGGCGGAGCAAGAGGAUGCGCCCCCAAGUUAUGAGGAUGCUACUGGGUUGGGACGUCGGCGUUAG